AUGGGGGACGCGCUGGGCGGGCGGCCGUUCAAACGGCGCGCUUUCGCGGAAGCGGACGCCGUGCGCGUGGGGAUGGCGUUCCUGGAGCGCGGGGAGAAGAAACCGCGCGUGGAACGAGACGCGGCGCUGCCGCGCGGACCGGCGCAGGGGCUGGAUCGGCCGCAUCCGCACAAAAUCCACUCGCGGCUCGGGCACCAGCCGCAUCUGCAUCCUCCGCCGCCGCCGCAGCAGCAGGUGCCCCUGCCUUUGGAUCCCCUCUUUGGCCGCUUCGGGCGGCGACCCCAAGGGGAUAGCAAGUUCGUUCCGGAUUGGGCGGCGAACUUCGUGGCGGAGAUGGGCAUAAGCGCGCGGCCGAAGGCCCCGCGUUAUGAGGACGCGCAUUACGAUGAGAUGGGGGAGGAGGAAGAGGAGGAGGAGGAGGUUGAGGGAGGGUUUGCGGGUGGAAUGCGGGGAGAGGGCUUCCGGAACUUGCGUGGAAGGCGGGGUUCGGGGGCGGGUUUUCGUGGUAUAGCAGGAUUGGAUGGGUUUGGCGGUGCUGACGUGGACGGGAAGCGGAAACGGAAAGGCCGGAGGCGGUUCCAGCAUUUGCGGGACGAGGAUGAUGACGUGGUGGAGGUCAAAGAUGACGUGUUGUUCUUCCCGGGCAACCGCGGGGGAGUGCACAUGGACCGUAGGCGACGCCGUGAGAUGCGGCGUGGGUUGCAACGUGGAAUGCGGGGGCAUAAGGAGAGUCUUCGAGGCUCUUUGAAGAAGGUCAGGCGGAAGGGGCUUGAGAAAGAGAGGACCAAGUUGGGGACUGAAGAGGAAGGAGAAGGGGAAGGAGAAGAAUUAGGAGGAGAAGCGGUCGGGGUGGACGGGAAUAAGAUUCGUUUGACGGACAGCAUGCCUGUGCCUUUGUUUCCGGGCAACUUGGGCAGCAGCGGGAUAAAAGGGCAGCCGCAAAUGAGCAUUCUUGGGGAGGACUUGUGGGCGGAAGAAGAGGAGGAGGAGGAGGGAGGGGACGGGGAGGCGGAGGAAGCGGCGGAAGACUGGGCGCACCAGCUGCGCCUGGAGCAGGAGUUUUUGCGCGGGAAGGCGCAGGACAGGGAGCGGGAGCGGGAGAGGCGGCGGGGGGCGCAGAGGGUCAAGGCGGAAGGGAAAGAGCGCCCGGGGCAGCAGCAGGGAGAGGGGGAGGGGAAGGACAAUCAGGAGGGAGUUGCGCCCGACGCGGUUGGUCUCGGGGCGGAGGGGGAGGGGAAGGCGGAAGGGGAAGGGGAGGCGGAAGCCGGGGCUGUCACUGGCGGAGUUCCCGAAGGCGCAGAUGAUCAGGAACGGGCGGAAAGGGAGAAGGAGCAGGCGGGGAGGGAGCGUUUGGAGAGGGAGAGAAGGGAACGCGAACGGAUGGAAAGAGAGAGGGCGGAGAGGGAGCGCGUGGACAGGGAACGGCUGAGGAGCCAGCAGAAGCUUCUAGAAGAGGCGAUAGUUGAGAUGAAACGGAUGAGGGGAGAGCAGAUCGCGAUGGGGCGGGAGCUGAGGCGCGCGCGGAACACCAAGGAGGCGGCCAAGCAGGCGUUCGGAGAGCUGAAGAAGCAGGUAUGGUGGUGGCGCAGGAACACAUGCUUGCGCAGGCGCGCGUGCAGCUCUCCUUGCUGGAGGGGGUCAACAAGGCGCAGACGGAGGAGAUCUCGCGCCUCUGGAUGGCCGCCACUCAGAACCAACCCGGUCUCCCCACCCCUUCCCCAUCCCUUCCCACCCCUCUCCACCGCUGUCCACCGCUUUCAACCAAUUCCCAACCCUUCCCACCCCUUUCCACCGCUCUCUCCUCCCCUAUGUCAGGAGGUUGUUCAGGAGCACAUGCUGGCGCAGGCGCGCGUGCAGCUCUCCUUGCUGGAGGGGGUGGUGGCGCAGGAGCACAUGCUGGCGCAGGCGCGCGUGCAGCUGUCCUUGCUGGAGGGGGUCAACAAGGCGCAGACGGAGGAGAUAUCGCGCCUCUGGAUGGCCGCCACUCAGAACCAACCCGGUCUCGCCCCUGUCACGGGCCUUUCUGCUCCCCCUGGUACCGUCAUGGGGUCUGAUACGCGGUUCUUUGCCGCUUCUGCUGCUUCGGCUGGUGGUUUUGGCGGUGCUGGUGGUGCUGGUGGUGGUGGUGGUGAUGGUGUGCGUGGGGCAAGAGGAGAGAGCAGUGCUGCUGGCGGCGCUGCUGGUGGGGCUGAUGGUGGGUCCAGUGAGGAACAACAGCAGCUGCAGCAGCAGAAGCAGGACCUUCAGAAGCAGCAGCAGCAGCUGCAGCAGCAGCGCGAAUCCCUAACCGCCCAAUCCCUCGCAGCAGAUCUCGAGCUAAGCGCCACGAAGCUACAGAUAGCCUUGAAGGAACGGCCUGUAUGCACCCUCCUGCAAAUCGCCUGGAGCCCUGCAAACAACAUCGGCGCGCUCGCCAAGGCGAAGUUCAAAGAAGCAAAUGGAGGGAUGGCUCUGGGGCAUCCCGGGGACAUGCAGUGGGACGACGUUCUUAAAGCCCUGGAGGAGUAUAUUAGGCUGGGAUCGCUGGAAUUUGCCAAGUACCAGCUCAUGUUUGGGUUUAAGGAGAAGGCGGUGUACCGCGCCCGAAGCAGAUUGCAGGACGGGCGGACCCAAGCCACACUGCUAGCCGCGGCACAUGAUGAGGCUCGGCAGCAGCUUAUGGAGGGGACGUUGGAGUUUGAGGCACAUGCUUUGGCGUCUUCUGUGGCGGCCAGCGUGGGGAAGCUUCUGGGAACUGUGGAAGACGAGAAGCAUGAGGAUGAGGAUGAAGAGGCAGCGGUUCAGUCGUUGAUUGCGUCAGCCGCGGCUAACGCAGAGAACGCGGCGAGGGAAGCGGAGAGAGAGGUGAUUCAAGCCCAGGCGAAUGCAGCUGCUGGCCUGCCUCCUGCCUCUGACCCUGCUGCUGGUACCGCUGGCGCUGCUGCGGGUGUUCCUGGCAGCGCGGGUAUGGACGGUGGUGUUGGGAUGGAAGGGGUAGACGCUGCAGGGGAGAUGGGCGCAGGAGGGGAGGGGGAUGGUGUGAUUCGGCGGAAGCCUGGGCGGCCGCGGGGAGGGGGGGCUGCGCUGGCGAUAGGCAACGGGGACCUCCCCGCGCUCUCCCGUGUGCGCAUCCCCAAGAUGCCCACCCUCCCGGCGUCCGCGCAGCAGGCGAAUGGGGAGGGGAAGAAAAAGAAGAGAAAGAACCGGGGGAGGGGGAGGGGAGCCGCUGAAGGGGGAGGGGCGGAAGGAGGGGCGGACGAGAUGGGGAAUGCGGGGGAGCUCGGUGUGGGGGUUGAAGGGGCGGGAGGAGGGGAGGGGAUCGCAGGUGCGGAGGUUGUGGGUGGCCGGGGUAGGGGGAGGGAUGGGGGGAUGGCGGAGGUUGAUCCAGCGGCGGCGGCGGCAGCAGCUGCUGCAGCGGUGGCGGCUGGGUUGGAAGGGCAGAUAGACGUUGAGGCAGUGGCAGCAGCACUGGCGCAGGCGACAGGGGGGGGUGGCGGCAACCGGGGCGUGGCGCAGCAGGCAGGAGGGGGCGGGAGGAUCGGACUGGACAGGCAGCGGUUGCAAGAGCAGCAGCAGCAGCAGCAGCAGCAGCAGGAAGAUGAGCAGCAGCAGUUGGGACUGCAGGGGCAGGGGCAGCAGCAGGGGCAGGCUGUAGGCGACGCCUGGCAGGGUUCUGGGUUUGGGAGUUUAGAGGCGCUCUGGCAGCAGGCGGGGCGAAAUGCAGUGCUGGGGCAAGGAGGGGCGGGCGGAGGGAGGGGCAGCGCUGGUGGUGGGGCCGGGGCUGUGGCGGUAGGGGGAGCAGGCGGGGAUGCUGCUGGUGCUUUUGCAGCACAAAAUGUUCAACAGCAGCAGCAAGGUAAUGCGCAUGCUGCGGCGGCGGCAGCUGCGGCAGCGGUGAUUGCAGCGGCAGCAGCCGGCAGUGCGGGACUUGCAGGUGUUGCGGGUGGGGGAGUGGCACAGCAGGACCUUCAGGGCGCAACCCCGGUGAUGAAUCUCAACUUCCCGGUGGCUGAGGAUGCAGCAGGAGGUGCUGCUGGCGGUGGCAGUAGGCGGGAGUCCCGUCGGCAACAGCAGCUGCAGCAGCAGCAGCAGCAGCAGCAAGGGCAGUAUCUGGGUUCCCAGAGGCAGGGGUCUCAGCAGCCCCAGCAGCAUCAGCAGCAGCAGUAUCUGCGUCAGCAGCAGCAGCAGCAGCAGCAGCAGCAGCAGCCGCAGGUGCAGCCACAGCAGCUGGCGGGGAAUCGGGCAGGAGGGGAGGCGGAGUUUGAUCGGGUGCGCCUGUGGGGGAAUGAGUGGGAUGGGGUGAAUGCUGGGGCAAACGCUGCGGCGGCGGUUGCUGCAGCGGCAGCAGCAGCGGGGGGAGGGCAAGGGGAGGAGAGUGCUAGUGCUGGUCUGCAGCAGCUGCACAAUCUGGCUGCAGCGCAAAAUCAGUUGCUGCAGUUCUCACGGGCUUUUGGGGCAAAUGCCUUCACUCGCCAGUAG